CAUGUGAAGGUGUCCAAACAGGAGUACUAAUUGCCGUGUGCCUGGUAUCUGGAAUAUUCGUGUUACUUCUGAGUUGUUUAGUCAUAUUCUUCACGUGGAAAAUGCGAAGACACAGUCGUGAACUUCAAAACAUACUGGAAGAAUUAGCAAAAGACCACGUGAAGCCACCGUUUUUCAGCUACGAAGAACUCAAAACGGCUACACAUAGUUUCUCUAGUUCCAACGAGUUAGGAAAAGGUGGAUUUGGCACUGUUUUCAAGGCUGAACUAGCAGAUGGCAGUGUUGUUGCUGUGAAGAGACUCAAUCCGACAAAGCAGAGUACGUCGGACUUCUUGAAAGAAAUGGUAAACAUCUCGGGUAUCAAACAUAGACAUCUGAUUCAACUCAAGGGAUGUUGUGUAAGGGAUCACCAACGAAUGCUGAUUUACGAAUACGCGGAGAACAAGAGCCUCGCAGAAGCACUGUUUGGAUCAGGUCCUCAAUGUGCGACCGUCUUGAACUGGAAACAACGUUACAACAUAUGCUUGGGAAUAGCCCGUGGACUUGCGUACCUACAUGAAGAAUUGCAGCCGGGUAUGAUUCACAGAGACAUAAAGCCGGAAAAUAUUCUUCUUGACAAGAAUUAUAACGCAAAGAUUGCCGACUUUGGACUCGUCCGGCCCGCUAAUGAUACAAACGACACUCUAUUCACCAUGAACAUUGGAGGAACGAGGGGCUACUUUUCACCAGAGUAUGCACUAGAAGGCGUUGUAUCCGAGAAACUGGAUGUGUAUAGCUUUGGUGUUGUCUUGCUGGAAAUCGUUGCUGGAAGACAGUGCAUCGAUCUGAAGUUGCCACAGGAACAAAGUAUUCUACGCUCCUGGGCUAUAACGUUGUACACGGAAGGCAAGGUUUUGAACUUGGUCGAUAAAAGAUUAGAGGGCGAUUACGACGAAGAAGAAGUCCUGCUCGUGGUGGACAUGGCUCUAUCUUGUCUGCAAACAGAUCCCAAGAAACGCGCAACGAUGUCUCAACUGGUGAAUUUCCUCAUGAAGAACUCAAAUGCAAGUGUAGGUGUGGAGAUCGUCAACGAGCUAAAAUCCCAGACACCAUACAUGUGGAGCAUAUCGGAGGACGAACACAACGUGGAUCCUUAUGCUAGUAGCCAAGGCGUUCAAGUAGAAUCAGACGAACUUGCUUUAAUGUCAUCAUUUGCCACCGAAUCACACGUCUCGGUUAGGAUAGUGCGUACAUGAGCUCAUAAAGUAUCUCAAGUUCCUAGAUUAGGUCAUCCGUACCCUAUGUCUCUCCCAGAUAUCUGAGUUGACAUUACCUUUGCGUGUACCCUUGAGCCACUGACGUAGGGAGAUCAGUGCUUACCUUGAACAAGAGUCCAUUUACUUUAUGCUCCGUCCAAUUUCAACCAACUGCAUUCCGAUCGUGAGUUAUACAAGGGUCACAUAAUUCAAUACUCUAUGUAGUUCCAAGCAUCUGCAUUACUUAUUCGUUGAACUUGCUGGUUAGAUUAGUUAGUUAGUUGCUAGUUGCUAGCUAGCUACUACAUGUCAAUAUAGAUUGUGGAUUGAAUACUACCUAAUUUAGAAACCAGAAUUAUGUAGGAGAGAAAAAGUAUAAAUCUUAAGAUGAUAGUUUAGAAAUCUUAAUGUGAACUGAUUAGCUUUUUUAAGGUCUUCAAAUAUGACUAUAUCAGUCAUUAUUGUAGUCCUUCUUGACCAUGCAAAGACUUCACUCUGGAUGGCAAUAAAAUACUUAUGUAAACUC